AUGGAGGUUGAUGAGCGUGCUCAAGGCGCGAGCUGGCGCUGGCCUCUCCUUGGAUCUGUUAUGCUAUUAAAUAUUUGCCUGCCAAACCUGGUGUUAUCAUACGGUGUCCUAUGGGUUCACUUAGCGAACUCUGAACUGCCUUUGUGGUUUGGUCUUGCUGCUCCAUCUAUCUUUAUCCUGACUUAUGGCUUAACACAAUGUUGGUUCAGAGAUGCUGCGGACUCGUGGGGAGGCUCUAUGGGAUACAGAGUCAUGGCCUCCAUAGGACUAAUGCUGAUCAUCACUAGUUUACUGAUUUGCGUUUUUGUACCAUAUAAAUGUCAGCCGUUCGUGUAUGGAAUAUUGGGUGGCUUGGGUUCAUCGUUAAUAUCGGCUCAAGUGGAUGCCAUUUUGUUUGAAACUUAUGAUUCACGUCUCGUAUUGAUACGAGGACUGUGUUACACAGGACAAGCUGUCGGACAAUCUGUUUUUCCACAUAUUAUAUAUAUCCUAAUCCAAUAUUACGGAUUACAGUUUUCCUAUCUAUUGUUAGCGGGAAUCAUGUUACAGACGUUACCAGCCAUACUGAUAUUAAAAGUAGACGAACCCAAUAAAUCUAGUUAUUUUACUAGAUAUAAAGAAUUAUCGCAAACUUUUAUGGUUUUCCAAAAUGACAAUUUAGAUAACUUUUAUGGAACUGAAUUACAAUUGCAUAAUUUAAGUAAGAAAUGUUGGAAGAGUCCCGCUGACGACAAUUUGCAUCGAGUUGAUGAAAUAGAUUACGACGAUGGUAAUAUUAAUGAAACUAUAACACCACCUCCUAGUCCAGAAGAGAAGAGAAGAAAUAUUUUUGGUGUGGACAUCCUUCCACAGAUACCAGAAGAAAGCGAAGAGGAGACUGACGAUCAAAGUAUAUCAAACAUAAAUAAAAAGCGCCUUAGUGUUGUGAUUAAAAGAUUAAGUACGUUAGGAGAUAAGAUUGAUGGUUGUAUAAUAAACCAAGUGAGAAGAGACUCCCAGAGUAAUGAUAUGAACGACAUUAAAGACUAUUCAGAAUUCGAAGUUACUUACGAAACAGUAGCCCCUAUAUCUGACAUUCAAACGGAAAAGCUCUUUAAUUCAUUCAGUUUUAGAUGUCGAUCUGCCUAUGUUAAUAUGAAAAGAAAAUUGUCUAUACCAUCUUACAGAAUUUAUAGAAUAAGGCGGAGAAUAGUGUACUCGAUGAAUAAUAUAAAUGACACAUUUUUCAAACCUUUAACGAGGUCUCUUUCGUGUGGGAAGUUUUAUCCUGCAUUAUUGCUAAGUUUUACAAGACUAAGUCUAAUGGGGGUUGGAAUCGUGUAUUUACCAAUGAUAGGGCUAGAGAUGCAACCUAAAAUACCAAUGUUGGAAACAAAUUUCUAUAUGUCCUUACACGGAUUUGCUUGGUUGUGUUUUCUGUUAAGCACACCUUGGUUGGCUCAAACUCCGAAGAGAAAUUUUAAAUACGUCGCAUUUUGUGGUCUUAUUGUAUCGACCUGCGCAUGUUUUGUGUUAGCAGAAGCAACAAAUCAGAAUACAUUUUCUAUUGGGUGUGUGAUCGCGGGUCUUGGCUAUGGGGCCGUCAGCUCUUGUUGGGAAACAACUAUUCAGGACUUCUUGGGACCUCGAAAAUGGCCAAAAAUCCAUAGCACUGUGGAAACUCUAUCAGCAACUCUACUCGCUUUAUUCUCUGUAGGGCUCUCUUUUGCAUUACAGAAAGCACAGGGUGUUCAGUUCUCUAUGUUUCUCUUAGGAAUUAUAACGGCUAUAACCUCUUUCGUUUGGUUUGUAAUUGCUAUUGUGUCCUUUUAUCACAGCAAAGUGAGAUCGUUAAGCUUAAAAAGGAAAUGGUUCUUU